AUGACUCACACGAGCGAAAGGCGCACGCUCAUCAAGACGACGGCCAGGAUAGGCCAAGUGCUGUCACGCGACUUUGGCCUGCGGAACGGCUACCAGGUGGUUGGCACCACAGCAUCUGCGUGCGCCAAAGCCACCAUCCAAGGCGGUAGCGAAAGGGCGGCCGCAGUGAAACGCUUCCUGGAGCGACAGACCCCCACAGACACGCAAGCGACGGACCGGAAUCCGUCUAUACAUCUCGAGGAAGCGCCUGGACUCGGAGAUCUUGUGCUGGCUACUAAGCCAGGCACGACGCAGCGCAUCCGCGUGCUGAUCGUUUCGCGAGUAGGGCGGCAUAUCCAGGGCGUGUUGGUGGUAACUUCUUCCGAGACUAUUCUGCGUGGGGUGAUGGAUGAUAACGAAGUGUUCGUCACUUCGCAGCGAGUCACGAUUGGCGUCGACGCGAUCGUAACCAAGAUCGAUGCUCGUGGGGUUGUGCUUCGUCGAGCAUGGAUCCCAGAGCUUCCCGCCUUCACCGGUCUCGCAGAGUGGGCAGCCGAGAUCCGAGACGACGAGGUGCAGUACCACGAUGGCGACUUCGUCCUGCUCGGACCACGCGAUGGCGCAAGGUUGAUGGACGUCGUCCAGAUCCACCGCCUGCGCAACUUGGACGUCGUCAUCCGCCGGCUGCAUCGUCAAGCAUCCACGUCGAGCUUCAAACACGACCGUCUGCUCGUGCCUGACCGGGAAUUCUUACGGAUCGAUCGACGACACUUCAAGCCGAUCGCCAAAUGCUACGUCACGACGCUGGUAGACACGCCGUCGUCGUGGCUGUCUGAAGCGACCGACUUUUUUGUCACAGAGGAAAGUGCGCAACUACUUCGCCCGCCUUGCGACACCUGCACAAUGGCAAAGCGACAGGAUCGACGCAGUCAACGUGCGAUGAAGCCUCUCCGAGCAAUGGAGCUAAUGUGUGGACCGGGCGGGCUCACACUCGGGCUUGAUCUGUCGGGCGCAUGCGAAACAACUUUCGCGAUGGAUGCGGAUGCUCACGCCGUCGAGACCUUUCGCAGGCAUCAUCCGAACGCCAAGAUUUUAUGCGUCGACGCUGGUGACGCGUUGGAACAGGCCAUGUCUCCAAAUGCGGAGAACUCGCUGCCACGACCGGGAGAUAUCGAUGUGAUUGCAGCCGGCCCACCCUGCCAGGGGUUCAGCCGCAAGAACCAGACUGCGGCUCGCGAUGCGGCCGAGAAAGAUCCUCGCAACCUCCUGGUGUGCACGGUGCUCGGGUGGGUCCACCACCUGCGCCCCAAGUACUUCGUUCUCGAGAACGUCGAGGGCUUCACGGCGUCCAAGCUCAGCGGCCAUGAUCAAGGCAUGGUCAAGCUCGUGCUCGCGGCCCUGCUCAAGAUUGGCUAUGCGGCAACGUGGGGCUUUGUCCAGUCAGGAGCUUAUGGAUGCGCCCAGUCUCGUGGCCGAUUCAUCCUUCUCGCUGCAAGACAGGACCUUACGCUGCCCAAGCUUCCACAGCCCACCCACGACUUUCAGGGUAGGUCGUCCAGUGGCUUUUGGUGGUCGGAUGCCAGCGGACAGCAUACGAGCCGGGUGCCGAGCAUGCCCAUCUUGCCGGCGCUCAGUGUUGCUGAUGCGAUCGACGACCUUGCGGUGUUCGACUGGCGGGAUCCGCACCAGACCUACGAGGGGCCUGAUGCGAUCGAGCUGGAGCGCGAACGGGCCGGAAUCGCACAGCUCGAGGUGGCAUCUAGUACGCCGACAGGGUUCGCCUCGACACCAUACGCUACGCCGCCGAAUACGUCGUACCAGCAGCGAAUGCGCGCUUUUGGGGGCAAGAUCAUGACCCGAACCCGCCAACACCAGACUUCAGGAUAUUCGGCCAUCAUGGUGGAGCGCGUAGUCAACGUCGCGUUGGACCCGGGUUCGACGUACGACUCGUGGAGCCUGCCGAGCGUCAACAAGCCUGCGCUCCUCAGCCUAGAUCAGACGGAACGAUGGCGCAACGAGCAUUUCAAGUUCGAGCGGCUCGACAGCGAGGGUCACUUCAAGAUCUUGACGACCAAGGUCCGGGGCGAAGGAAGCCUGCUGCAUCCGACGCAGCGCAGGCUGCUGACGGUGCGCGAGUGCGCAAGAGCACAAGGCUUCCCGGAUUGGAUCGACUUUGCCACCGACGGCAACCUUCAAGAAGCGUACAAGCAGAUCGGCAACGCAGUACCUGUGCCUCUAGGCGCUGCGAUCGGCAGGUCGAUCGUCAGUGCAAGGAUGAAAGACGACGACCGCGCCUAA